GAUCUAUCGAAAGAGGGGGAGGUAAGAGUGUUAAACUCACUUGGGCGCUGUGAUAGGGAGAACUGCCAGUUAAGCUGUAGAUUUCGUAGCGAAAACAAGAAUGCACGCAUCUCUUCGAAUAUUUUGUAGAACCAAACACCCAUGCUUUCAAUGGGCAGACAAGCAUCCAGCUGUGAGAUCUAUAAAUUACCGAUUAAAAACCUGUACGCGACUCUAUAACAGUGAAAAUGGCGUCUAUGGAUACAGACCAAGGCCACAAAAACACUUUGAAGUACCAAACGAGUACCUGGAAAUACGAUCAAAGAACAGCAACUUCUACAGACUGAUUAGCGCCUAUAGAGAAUAUGGUCAUAAACAAGCUGAUAUAAAUCCUGUUGCGACAAAAAAACCAGUGCCAUUGGCAGAGUUGAAACUAGAGAGAUUCGGUUUAAGUUUGAAUGAUAAAGUUCCAUUCAGGGGGAUUUUAUCAAUGGGGAAAAAUGAAGGAACAGUAGAAGAGGCUUUAAAAUUUUUGAACGAGACAUACACUGGCCAUAUAGGAGUAGAAUUUAGCUACUUGGAGACUGAGGAGGAAAGAGAGUGGUUCGCGGAGACCGUAGAAAGAAGUUCAAGGGAACCCGUGACGGACGAAACGCGAAUCGGCAUCGCAACAGAAAUGUUGAAGAGCCAAACUUUCGAUCAAUUUUUGGCCAUCAAAUUCGUGAACUUUAAGAGGUACAGUGGCGAGGGCGCUGAGAGCAUGAUGGCCUUCUACUAUGAAUUUUUUAAACUAUGUGCCAAUGAUGAUUUAAAAUACAUUGUAAUUGGCAUGGCCCAUCGAGGUCGACUAAAUUUUCUCACGGGAAUGUUGAAUUUCCCACCGGAAAAAUUAUUUCGACAGCUACGAGGAUACUCUGAAUUCCCGGAUAACGUGAACGCAACUGGUGACGUGAUCAGUCAUUUUGUAUCUUCCACAAACCUCGACAUUAAUCAGAAAAGCCUCCAUGUUACGGUAUUACGAAACCCUUCACAUUUGGAAGCUGUGAAUCCUGUUUCCAUGGGAAAAACUCGAGGAAUGAUGCAAGCAAAUAAAGACGGAGCAUAUAGUGAAGAUGCGAACGCUCAAUGGAGCGAUAAAGUGUUAAAUAUUCAAGUUCACGGAGAUGCAGCUUACGCUGCUCAAGGAGUUAACCAAGAAUGUUUAGCAUUAUCCGCAGUUCCUCAUUUUGAAAUAGGUGGAACAGUUCACUUGAUGAUCAAUAAUCAAUUAGGUUUUACAACUCCAGCCUCCAGAGGUAGAUCGUCGAGAUACUGCACGGAUUUAGCCAAAAUGAUCUCCGCUCCGGUGAUCCAUGUAAACGGAGAUGAUCCUGAAAUGGUUAUCCGAGCUGCUAGAAUAGCGUUCAAGUAUCAACGAAAAUUUAGGAAGGACAUUUUUCUGGAUCUGAAUUGCUUCAGGAGAUGGGGUCAUAAUGAACUAGACGAACCUGCUUUUACAAAUCCUGUUAUUUAUAAAAUUAUACAUAGCCGUCCAUCAGUACCAGAUCGAUAUUUAGACAAACUAAUAAAGGACAAUGUUCUUUCAAUGGAAAAUGUCAAAAAUAUCAUCGAAGAUCACAAGGCCAAAUUGAAUCAAGGUUUGGAUGAAGCGGAUAAAUACAUCCCACAACCUACGUAUUUUGCAGGCUUGUGGAGCAAAAUACAGCAGGCUGAUGCGAGCGUGACACAGUGGGACACGGGAGUUGAUUUAAGCCUAUUGAGGUUCGUUGCCGAAAAGAGCGUUCACAUUGACGAUGACUCGAUAAUUCAUCCCAAAUUAUUGAAAAGCCACGUUCAAUCUCGAUUAAACAAAAUAGCGAGUGGUGAACAUUUGGAUUGGGCUACUGCCGAAGCUUUGGCAAUUGGAACUUUAUUGUAUCAAGGGUAUAAUGUAAGAAUAAGCGGGCAAGACAUUGGUCGUGGUACCUUUUCCCAUAGACAUGCCAUGCUUGUUGAUCAAUCCACUGAAGAUAUACAUAUUCCAUUAAAUUCAAUGGUCGAGAGGCAAACAGGAAAAUUAGAGUUAGCUAAUAGUAUUCUGUCUGAAGAAGCAGUCUUAGGAUACGAGUAUGGCAUGAGUAUAGCUAUGCCAACUACCUUAACGAUAUGGGAGGCACAAUUUGGAGAUUUUUUUAAUGGAGCACAGAUCAUGAUCGAUACUUUUGUAACCAGUGGUGAGGCAAAAUGGAUGCUAAAUAGCGGAUUAACGAUACUUUUGCCACAUGGUUACGACGGCGCUGGUCCUGAACACAGUUCCUGCAGACUUGAAAGGUUUUUACAACUUACGGACAGUAACGAAGAUAAACCUGAUGGUGAUAGUGUUAACAUAUGUGUGACAAACCCUACGACACCGGCUCAAUACUUUCAUCUAUUAAGGAGACAAAUGGUAAGAAAUUUUCGAAAACCUUUAAUAAUAGUGGCUCCGAAAAUAUUGCUGCGCUAUAUCGCAGCAACCUCGCCGAUAACAGAUAUGCAACCACAGACUAGAUUUAAGACCGUUAUAGGAGAUGAAAAGGUAGAAGAAUCAAAAGUAACAAAAGUGAUCCUUGUGAGCGGUAAACACUAUUAUGCUCUUGAUAACUUUAGAGAAAGUGCAGAUCAAAAGAAUGUAGCAAUUAUUAGAGUCGAGAGUUUAUGCCCUUUUCCAAUUCAAGAAUUAUUGCAAGAGAUCGAUAGAUAUAAAUACGCCAAGACUUUCAUAUGGAGUCAAGAAGAACCGCAAAAUAUGGGAGCGUGGAAUUUUGUCAAGCCUCGAUUCGAAAAUUUAUGUGGCAGACUAAUAAAAUACAGCGGUCGUAAACCCAUGGCUGCAACAGCUGUAGGUGCGGGAAAGUUACAUCAGCAGGAAGCUCAGGAAGUAACCGUGAAACCCUUUAAUAUGAAAUGAAUUUUGUAUUGUAUUGUAUGUUUUACUCUUUUUUAUUUAUACAUAUAAUUCAACUGCCAAAAAUCACAUUUAUUUGCAUAACAUCAUUAUAUACUAUAUGAGGAAAUAAAUUAUUUACAUGUCA